AUACUCUCGAUGUGUAUAUUUACUCACUACAGUGCGAACUUGGACAGUAGCUCACUAUUCAGUCAGUAUUCGAUCGUUCGACUUGAAACGUCAAUUCUAUUCGUCACUUAUAUUUCUUAAAAAUAAAAUUUACUCAUUAUAUAUUAAUGUGUAAUUAUAAAAAAUUUAAUGGUACUUUUGAUAAAUAUUAGCGAGUUUAAUUUUGUUAUAUAAAUUAUUUUCAAGAAACUUAUUUUGCAAACCAUAGAUAACAUUUGCGGCACAGUAAGACGAUUAGUGAUGUUGUUGCAGAUUUAAACGUUUACAUAGCGUUUAUUUAUUAUCUUUAAAAAUUUGUUCUCUGUAAGCACUUUGACUUUAAUUAGUUUGUGAUUAUAAAAUUUCGAAAGAAGCCGAAUUUGAAAAUAUAAAAACUUAUCAUUUCAGAGAAGAGUAUCUAAUCAAAAAGUUUUUUUUUAAUAUUAAAAGCUAUGAGUAUUUGAUUAGUUCAACAGUUUAAAGAUAUUUAUAUUUUUUCUGGAGAAUUAUAAACAUGAAGAACUCCCGAGGAAACAAUUGUGCGAUAUAAGUGGCGUGAUAUUUUGCAAUAAAUAAUGUAAAAGAUGAAAAUAGAAUAAUAUAAUUCUCUAUUAAUUUGGAAAGUUUUAAUUAAUUAAUUAAUCAAUUGUUUAAAGUUUUAUUUUAAAAUGACUAAUUCGGAAGAAAAUCGCCCGUUAAUAAAUGCCGAGUCAAUUGCAUCUACCAGUUCUAUUCCUCGGACUUAUAAUUCAGUUUAUUAUGGAUGCAAUGGGAAUCAACAGGCCGAUGCACCUGAUCAAAAUAUUCGAAGUGAGCUACAAAUGGAUCCAGCGGUUUCUUCGAGAUCAGAAGUUGAAGUCAUACUGGAUUGUUCGGAUAAAAUUACAUACACAUGGAGUGAUGUUAAUGUCUACUGUAUGCAACGAAAUACUCGAGCUUGGGAUCGAUUUUACCGCAAGCGAAAACCCGUUGAGCAAAAACAUAUUUUGAAAGACGUAUCAGGAUUAGCAUAUCCAGGAGAAUUAUUAGUAAUAAUGGGGUCAUCAGGAGCUGGAAAAACAACGCUGCUAAAUGCACUUACCUUUAGAUCCGGCAGAGGAAUUACGGUGUCAGGAACGAUGGCUGCAAACGGCCGAAGAGUGACAUCAAGUGUGCUCACCUCGAGGACCGCGUACGUUCAACAAGAUGAUUUAUUUGUCGGUACUCUGACUGUUAAAGAGCACCUUCUGUUCCAAGCCAUGGUACGAAUGGAUAGACAUAUUCCCUACAGACAAAGAGUUGAAAGGGUCAAUGAUGUUAUCUCUGAACUUGCCUUAACCAAAUGCCGAAAUACAAUAAUUGGAGUACCUGGCAGAGUAAAAGGGCUCUCGGGUGGAGAAAUGAAGCGAUUGUCCUUUGCAUCGGAGGUCCUUACUAAUCCGCCUCUGAUGUUUUGCGACGAGCCGACAUCAGGUCUGGAUUCCUUCAUGGCCCAUCAAGUUGUUUCUGUUUUGAAGGCUUUGGCUGCGCAGGGUAAAACGAUAAUCGCUACUCUUCAUCAACCGUCUUCCGAGCUUUUCGCUCUUUUUGACAGAAUACUACUGAUGGCAGAAGGCCGGGUCGCUUUUAUGGGAACCACUGAUCAAGCUUACACCUUUUUUAAAUCCAUGGGAGCCGUUUGUCCGAGUAACUACAACCCCGCAGACUAUUUUGUCCAGGUUUUAGCGGUGGUUGCAGGCCGCGAAAUAGAAUGCAGACACACGAUAAACACAGUGUGCGACACAUUCCAGCGGAGUGAUAACGGAAUUAAAAUAGCGCUUGAAGCUGAAACUAUUCAGGGCGAGUUCCAAGAUUCUUUUAAGCUUGCUAAGUAUCAUAAAAACAACAACAAUAGAUCGCCUUAUAAAGCUUCUUGGUGCGAACAGUUUCGAGCUGUUUUAUGGCGAUCAUGGUUGUCUGUUAUCAAAGAGCCUAUUCUUAUUAAAGUACGAUUGCUUCAAACUCUGGUGAGUUUAAUUAGAAAAAUUCUGUUGAAAAAUUUUCCACAUUUUUAUAUUUUUUCCCUACAGAUGGUCUCGCUCCUAAUCGGAGUUAUUUAUUACGGUCAAAAAUUGGAUCAAGACGGCGUUAUGAAUAUUAACGGAGCGCUUUUUAUUUUUCUUACUAAUAUGACAUUCCAAAAUGUAUUCGCCGUAAUUACAGUUUUUUGCGCAGAACUUCCGAUAUUUUUAAGAGAACACCGGAACGGAAUGUACAGAACAGAAGUAUACUUUAUUUGUAAAACAUUGGCCGAAGCUCCUAUUUUUAUUGCUGUACCGCUGCUAUUCACCUCAAUCGUUUAUCCGCUAAUUGGAUUAUAUCCAGGAAUAGAUCAUUUUUUUAUAACCACUGGAAUUAUUACUCUUGUAGCAAAUGUCGCUACUUCAUUUGGGUAUUUUAUUUCGUGUGUCAGUACGAAUAUUUCAAUGGCUUUAUCAAUAGGACCACCUGUAAUAAUUCCAUUUUUACUAUUUGGAGGUUUUUUCUUGAAUACCGCAUCUGUACCCUCGUACUUUGAAUGGUUUUCAUUUCUCUCAUGGUUUCGCUAUGGUAACGAGGCUCUUCUGAUAAAUCAGUGGUCUGAGGUUGAAACGAUUGCUUGCACACGAAGUAACGCAACUUGCCCUAAAAGUGGUCAUAUGGUUCUGCAAACAUACAACUUUGACGAGAAAGAUUUUUGGGUUGACAUCGUCGGUCUUAUCGUCCUCAUCAUCAGCUUUCGGUUCCUAGCAUUUUUGGCACUCUAUUCAAAAACACUUCAUAGAUCUUCUAAAUAA